UGUUAGCGUCCGAGGUUACCGGUGGAUAUGCGCUAUGGCUGCUGACAGGGGAGCGGUCGGGAGCCCACCAAGAAGAUCUGCCCCCAGCAGCAGUCAUCAGAGACAGAGGGAUAAGAUGCAGAUUCCAGAUGAAAAGAAAAGUACCUAUUGUGACCUGCCUAUUAAACAACAAAGAAGAAAACUUGUUCAGGCUGUGAAGGACAAUCCAUUUCUUAUUGUGACUGGAAGGACAGGAAGUGGUAAAACUACCCAACUCCCUAAAUAUCUUUAUGAAGCAGGGUUUUCAAAACAUGGUACAAUUGGUGUGACUCAGCCACGCAAAGUAGCUGCCAUAUCAGUUGCUCAAAGAGUUGCUGAAGAAAUGAACUGCUCUUUGGGAAGCUUGGUUGGAUACCAGGUUCGCUUCGAUGAUUGUAGCUCUCAGGAUACAGCAAUCAAAUACAUGACUGAUGGGUGUUUACUAAGACAUAUGAUGGUUGACCCAGACCUUACCAAAUUCAGUGUCAUCAUUUUGGACGAAGCCCAUGAAAGAACUCUAACAACAGACAUCUUAUUUGGCUUGCUGAAGAAAUUGUUUCAGGAGAAGUCUCCUAACAGGAAGGAACAUCUGAAGGUGGUGGUGAUGUCGGCUACAAUAGAGUUGGUUGGACUGUCAGCCUUCUUUGGAAAUUGCCCAGUAGUUGACAUUCCUGGAAAGAUUUUUCCAGUCAAAGAGAUAUUCUGCAACUUGAUUGGUCCAAAAGACAAAGAAAACUCUUCAUAUGUUAAUGCGGUUGUAAAAGUGACUAUAGAAAUCCAUUUGAAUGAAUCAGCUGGAGACAUCUUGGUGUUUCUGACUGGCCAGUCAGAAAUUGAGAGAACUUGUGAAUUACUUUUCCAGAAGGCAGAGUCUAUUGAUUACCAAUAUGAUGUUCAAGACCACUCCAUAGAUGGUUUGCUGAUAUUGCCAUUAUAUGGAGCAAUGCCAACAGAACAACAAAGAAGAAUAUUUUUGCCACCACCGCCCGGCAUUAGAAAAUGUGUAGUGUCUACAAAUAUUUCUGCCACAUCUUUAACAAUAGACGGAAUCAGAUAUGUGGUAGAUGGUGGCUUUGUGAAGCAGUUAAAUCAUAACCCCCGAUUGGGGUUGGAUAUGCUAGAGGUGGUUCCUAUUUCAAAGAGUGAGGCAAUGCAACGAACCGGUCGGGCUGGCAGAACUUCCUCUGGGACUUGCUUUCGAAUCUACAAUCAGGAUUUCUGGGACCAGUGUAUGCCUGACUAUAUGAUCCCUGAGAUUAAAAGAACUAGUUUAACCUCAGUGAUUUUGACCCUGAAGUGCCUUGCCAUUCAUGAUGUCAUAAGGUUUCCCUAUUUGGAACGGCCCGAUGAGAAACUUAUUUUAGAGGCUCUUAAACACCUCUAUCAAUGUGAUGCUAUUGAUAGGAGUGGCCAUGUGACAAAACUGGGUUUAUCAAUGGCAGAGUUUCCCCUCUCUCCAAAUCUGACCCGUGCCAUCCUAAAAGCCGCUUCUUUGGAUUGUGAAGAUCUCCUGCUUCCAAUAGCAGCAAUGCUGUCUGUAGAAAGUGUCUUCAUUAGGCCUGGUGAAGCAGAGAAACAGGAGGAGGCAGAGCUGAGACAUCAGGAGCUGUCGUCCCAAGCUGGAGGAUUCAAUGACUUUGCAACUCUAGCAAUAAUCUUUGAACAGUGCAAAUCAAGCCCAUCUCCAUCUGCAUGGUGUCAGAAACAUUGGAUCCAUUGGAGGUGCUUACAGUCGGCAUUCCGUGUGGAAGGUCAGCUUCGAGAGAUAAUCAGGAAACUGAAACAGCAACCUGAUUUCCCAAGAGAAAGUUUUGAUGGUCCUAGACAAGAAAUCUUACGAAGAUGUUUGUGCACUGGAUAUUUCACCAACGUAGCACGAAGGUCUGUAGGAAGAACAUUUUGCACAAUGGAUGGGCAUGGAACCCCAAUACACAUCCAUCCUUCUUCAGCGCUCUAUAAUCAGGAACCCAAACUCGAGUGGAUCAUUUUCCAUGAUGUUUUAGUUACUUCCAAAAUGUACGUGAAGACUGUGUGCCCAAUUCGCUAUGAAUGGGUUAAAGACUUGUUACCCAAGUUAUAUCAAUUUGAUGUGUAUGAAUUGAGCAGUAUGGCCCGACAUGAAGUGACAGAGGAAGAAAUAAAGAAGUGGGAAAACAAGGAAGAUCUAAAGCAACAGAAGGAUAGAGCAAUGAAGGAAUCUCUAAAGAAAAUGCAGAGAAGAAAUGAUGACAAAUCCAUUUUGGAUGCACGUGCUCGAUUCCUGGAGAGGAAGCAUCAACGGGCCCAGAACAUCACUGGCACAUUGAAGGAAAAUGACUAAGCGAUGACCUCUUGAUUCAGAAAGGACCAGAAGCAGUCAGGAAAUGCACUGCUGCUUUCCUAUUUACUUCAGACAGAACUGCCAAAUACCCAGGGAAGCUGCUAUUGAAUUUAUUAGCCUGGGAGCUAAAAUAGCCUGUGCCAAUGCACUCAGAUGGAAUUCUCACAGGGAAAAUGAGUAGGUUGCUCUGAUCAAUGGCAUUGAUGUGUGAAUGAGUACAGCAUGAGACAAGAGAUGAUGUUCCCUUUUACUUUGCAUUCUGCUGACCUUAAAUUGGCAUUGAACUCUGUUCCUCAAUAUUUUUAAAUAACACAUAAAUUGAUAUUUUAUUAGGUUGUAACCCAUUUGUAAUGAAACAUUAA